GUUUCAAUUCACAUAGUUUAUCUGCUAAGUACCAUUGCGACACGGUGUAUUAUUGUUCUGAUUUAUACUUAAUGUGGAUUCUAUUGUCCAAUUGGAAGUGUUGAUAUCUGAAGCUUACCAGUGGACGCGGUCCAUCACUGUAUGUGCGUGUGUGUGUGUAAAGUCGUUCAUUGAAGCCAAGACCCCAUACAUACCAAAGCUGUAAAAUGAUGGACGCCGACAUGCACUCUAAUUAUGGUUUAGACGCUGUCAACCCCGAUCAGCUUUAUCAAGAUAUGAUACCAAGUCUUCAAGAUUAAACGAACAUCGAGUCUGUGGGUUCCAGAAUUUACCGUAAAAAACAACAGCAAGCCUCCGGCAUUGAAUACUGCGCCGUAAUCUUGAAAAUCUCGGUCACGAUUCUCCAACCUCUUUGCAUGGAAAUGGGCCUGACAUCGGCGCCUUCACCUACGGAAUGCCACACCCCAUGAGCCCCGCUCACCCAAUGAACCCCAGUCCAACAGCAGACGUUCCAAUACAUCCAAUCUCCCCGGAGUCAGUUGGUAUGCCCGGGGGUUUGAUCAAUGGGCAUGGGAGUGACCAUGAGUCUAAUACUUCGAUGGUGGGAGAAGGAGAUGGCGUGAGGACAUUUUGUGCAAUCUGCGGCGACCGGGCAACAGGCAAGCAUUACGGUGCGAGCAGCUGUGAUGGCUGUAAAGGAUUUUUUCGCCGAAGUGUGAGAAAGAAUCACCAGUACCAGUGUCGAUUCAGUCGAAAUUGCACUGUGGACAAAGACAAGCGAAACCAAUGUCGUUAUUGCCGACUAAGAAAAUGUUUUCGAGCUGGAAUGAAAAGAGAAGCCGUUCAAAACGAACGCGACAGAAUAAGCACAAAGAAAUCAACCAUUGACGAUUCUGCUUCGUUGUCGGUUACAACACUGUUAAAUGCGGAUACCAUGUCGAAACAGCCCUCUGCAGGUUCAGCGGGUGAUGUCACUGAUACUGUAUCCAUUGAGAAUAAGAAGAUAGCAUCAGUAAACGACGUUUGUGAUUCCAUAAGGCAGCAACUCCUAGUGUUGGUGGAAUGGGCAAAAUAUAUCCCAGCCUUUUCAGAACUUCCUUUAGAUGACCAGGUGGCAUUGUUGCGUGCACACGCAGGUGAGAACUUGUUGAUGGGCGCAGCCAAGCGAUCAUUGCCAUAUAAAGAUGUACUUCUUCUUGGUAAUGACUUCAUUAUUCCAAGCAAAUUUUCCAGGCAUUGCCCUGAGGUUGAAAUCACAAGAGUUGCGGUUCGUGUCCUGGAUGAGUUGGUACGACCUCUCGCGGAUCUCUCCUUGGAUGCAAAUGAGUUUGCUUGUCUUAAAGCAAUUGUCUUUUUUGAUCCAGAUGCUCGUGGCUUGAACAACCCGACAAAAAUCAAGCAAAUGAGAUCCCAGGUUAUGUGUAACCUUGAAGAUUAUAUCAAUGACAGACAAUAUGAUUCUCGUGGCAGAUUUGGUGAAAUACUUCUUCUACUGCCAACCUUACAAAGCAUAACUUGGCAGAUGAUCGAACAAAUCCAGUUCGUUCGAAUUUUCGGCGUUGCAAGGGUGGACAACCUUCUACAAGAGAUGUUGCUUGGAAGUGCAAAUGAAGCUCAAGCAAGCAUGAUUCCUGCAUCAGCUGCACAAUGCGGUGCAAUGGGACCUGGGAGCCCAACUCAUAUCUCCUUGGCUAACGGCAUGGUCCCAUGCUCACCUGGCCUUAUGACAAUGGGUGAGAAGCCACCGAACAUGUCACCUACCACUCCUAUCUCACCUUCCAUGCCACAAAACAUGGGACAACCCAUUGGUAUGGAGAUUGACAGCCACGUGCUUCUGCAACCAAAGUCUGAGAUUUUAUGAGCUAUGCAAAUAUGCAGAUGUGCAAAUGACACCAACAACUCCAAUGCGGCGUUAUGCAUUCGCACAGUGUUACUGACUUUAAAGCGUCUCUGUUAAUUUUGCUCUAGCUGUAUCCACAACCGCUAUCACGCAAUUAUUCUUUUUAAAGUUGAAAAACUACAGCUGCACAAGGUUGAACUGGCUCGUUGAUUGAAUAAUUUCUUUCAUUAUUUUGUACAUGUAUCACUACCUUCUUUAUUCUCAACUCUUUAGCUACUGUCUGACAAUUACUAAGUAGCUACUCUAUUGGCUGAUACUCCCAAGAAUAUGUGGAGUUAAUGCAACAAAGUCUCAUUCACCGCUAUGCACUAAUGUUGAUGGGAUAGCGAUACGACUACAAAGAAGUCCUUGUCCUUUUCAAAGUUUCUUUUGUGUUAAGUUGUUUUUAUAAGUUAAAUCAUGUAUCGUGCCUGAGAGUCACUUUUAUCUUUUCGUCUUAUAAGAAUAAUUGAAAUGUUGCCAAUGUUUGCUUGUACACCCUAUCCACUUCUGAGCUUGCCAAACCCCUCCCAGCUCCGUUGUUACCACGAGGUUUGUGGUUUAAUGAGGUAAGCUAACUUUUACCCUGUUGAUUUGACCAAGCAAUAUACUCGCACUAAAAAAACUGUUGUUUGUGACAAUAUUAUGGUGCUACUGUUCUUCUUGUAAUGUCAAAGUUAAUAAGGAUUUUAAAUUCAAUAAGAUAGUACACCUGGAAUGAAACUUUGCUUCAUACGUAAAGCGAUAGUUUUGUGUUUUACACAGAAGCCCGGAUUUCAUAUUGAGUGUUGAAUCUCUAUUGUGUAAUUACAUAAGUCUUCUUUUAACAUGUAUUCAACUUGUGUUCAUUCCACUUCAUUUCCGCAAAAUUGAAAUCCUGCAACUAUUUCA